AGUGUCUUUUCUCUCCGCCUUCAUAUACUACCCACUUUUCCCUCUAAUUCCUAUUUAUUUAUAAAUGCAUAUCACUCGUUGCUAUUUCUGUUCAGGGCCAUGCUAUCCUGGUCAUGGUACUAUGUUUGUUCGUAAUGACAGUAAGACUUUCCGAUUCUGUAGAUCUAAAUGUCAUAAGAAUUUCAAGAUGAAGCGUAACCCUCGUAAGGUUCGUUGGACCAAAGCUUUCAGAAAAGCCAGCGGCAAGGAAAUGGUCAUUGAUUCUACAUUUGAAUUUGAAAAACGUCGUAAUGUACCUGUGCGUUAUGAUCGUAAUCUCAUGGCCACUACUAUUAAGGCUAUGAAGCGUGUACAAGAAAUUCGUGCUAGACGUGAGCGUGCAUUCUAUAAGAACCGUAUGGCUGGUAAUAAGGAUUUGGAAAAGGAAGACGAUAUUCGUGUGGUCAAUCAAAACAUCGAAUUGGCUCCUCUCGAAGCCAAGAAAAGAGUACAAGCUAUCAAAGCCGAGAAGGAAAAGAACGAAAACAUGGAUACGGAAGAGUAAAAGAGAAGUAUUCUACUGCAACGACUCUAUUUUACAACGAUUACAACCACAGCAGCGACUGCAAUUCUAUUAUAACAACAGCAGCUUUAUGCAAAAGAUCAAAUUGGCAAAAAAUCAAUUCAAUUAUUUCCUAUCAUUCAUUUGUACAUUUAUAACGAGAUAUAUAAUAUUUAUAUACACACACACACACAGACUUGCACACUCACCCUCACACUCACACACCCCCCUUCACCUAUACUGCAUUCGAC